UUACAAUUAUUCUCUCCCGAAAACACCCCACUAAGUGACGUUAAGUUUCAGUGUCACCACCCUGCUGCCACUCACCGCCAUAAUAAACCCCUAAAGUCUUCUCCUUUCUUCCUCUGUAACUCUAUAUUCCAUUGAACCCAUAUUUUUCUCUCUUUCAAACCCAACACAAUUUUCUCUUUUUCUCUCUUUAUACACAAUGCCUUUAGCCUCGUCUAAACUCUCCACCUCCCUCUUUACUUUUCCUUCAAAACCGCCGCCGCCUAUUAUCUCCUUCCUCCUCUUUCUCAUCCUCUGCAUUCUGGGUUUUUAUUCCCUGCAUCACCCCCGGCGUCUUUACCCUGCACCCCUCUCUGAAAAUUCCGAAAAGUUUCUCUCUAUGGCCUCAAACUCGACCAUUUCGGACUAUCUCCGUUCCCUUACUUCACACUCUCAUCUCGCCGGAACGAAGCCCUCUUUGGAUACAAUACAAUAUGUCUUUUCUCACUUUGAAAAUCUCGGCCUUGAAGCUCACAGUGUAGAGUAUAAUACCCUUUUGUCUUAUCCUCAACAUGUUUCUCUCCUGGCGCAUUUUAGCGACAGGGAUGUUGUUGACUUCUUGUUAACGGAAAAGGGCGUGCCUCAGAAUGCGUUCUCCGACAUUGUGCAGCCGUAUCACGCGUAUUCGCCAUCAGGGUCGGCGUUCGGUAAAGUGGUGUUUGUGAAUUACGGGAGGGAGGAGGACUAUGGUGCUCUGGAGGUGAUGGGGGUGAAUGUUAGUGGGUGUGUAGUGAUAGCAAGGAAAGGAGAGAGCUUAUCGAGAGGUGGUGUAAUAAAAAUAGCCGAGGAUAAAGGUGCGCUGGGGGUGCUAUUGUACGCCGAGAGGGAUAUAUCAAGGAGUGGCGGUGUUGAUGGUGUGGAGAGAGGGACAGUGAUGAGAGGAGUGGGGGACCCACUGAGUCCAGGGUGGGCUGGGGUUGAAGAUGGGGAGAGCUUAGACUUGAAAGACAAUGAGGUUUUGAAGAGGUUUCCCAAAAUUCCAUCUUUGCCCUUGUCUUUUGAGAAUGCACAAACCAUUUUGGAGUCUCUUGCUGGUGGGUUUAUGCCUCAGUCUUGGGGUAAUUUGGGUCGGAUUAAUGGUGGGAGGGUUGGACCGGGACCAACUUUGGUGAAUUUGACUUACCAGGGGGAAGAAAAGGUGGCGACAAUUCAUAAUGUUUUUGCUGUCUUAAGAGGGUUUGAAGAACCUGAUCGCUAUGUGCUUCUUGGCAAUCAUAGAGAUGCAUGGACGUAUGGGGCUGUUGACCCAAACAGUGGGACAGCAGCCCUACUUGACAUUGCCCGAAGAUAUGCUAUGUUGAUGCAGAAGGGGUGGACCCCUCGAAGAACAAUCAUUUUCUGCAGCUGGGAUGCCGAAGAAUUUGGGAUGGUGGGAUCAACUGAGUGGGUUGAACAAAACAUUGUCAAUUUGGGUGCCAAAGCAGUGGCCUAUCUAAAUGUAGAUUGUGCGGUUCAAGGGCCUGGAUUCUUUGCUGGGUCAACUCCUCAGCUGGAUGAUCUUUUGAUUGAGGUGACAAAGAAUGUCAAAGAUCCUGAUUCAGAUGGUUCGACUGCAUAUGAUCAAUGGGCAGCUACAAAUGGUGUUGUCAAUUCAAACUUCUCUCCUUUGUGCUAUUGUCAUCUUGGAAGCAUGAAAAUUUUCCAGUAUUUGUAUUUGUGUUGUGUUGUCUGGUUGCAGAUCCAAAGACUCAGUGGAGUGGAUUCAGAUUUUGCUCCCUUUGUGCAGCAUGCCGGGGUUCCUUCUGUUGAUGUAUACUAUGGAAGAGAUUUUCCUGUCUAUCAUACUGCUUUCGAUUCUUAUGCCUGGAUGGUAAACCAUGCAGAUCCAUUUUUCCAGCGGCAUGUGGCUGUUGCUGGAGUUUGGGGACUUCUAGCCCUUCGCCUAGCUGAUGAUGCAAUUCUACCUUUCAAUUACCUCUCUUAUGCCAAUCAAUUGCAGGCACAUAAAGAUAUCUUGAGUAACUUGGUGGAUGAGAGCAUAUCUCUAGAUCCUUUAACCAUGACAAUUCAAGAACUAAAAGCUGCAGCUAAAGAAGCUGAAGUAGAAGCAAAGAGACUGAUAGAGAAAGAAACCAUUGAUCAUGUUUCUGUUCUAAAAGUUCGAGCUUUAAAUGAUCGGCUGAUGCUGGCUGAAAGAGGCUUCCUGGACUCAGAUGGGCUUAUAGGAAGAAAAUGGUUCAAACAUCUUAUUUAUGGACCUCCUAGUGACUACGAAAGCAAACUCAAUUUCUUUCCGGGAAUAGCGGAUGCAAUUUCUCAAUCAAGAAGAAUGAGUGAGAGAGACGGGCAGGCAUUGAUUCAGCAUGAGGUGUGGAGGGUUGCCAGAGCCAUUCAAAGGGCAGCCAAUGCUCUUAGAGGGGGCCUAACAUGAAUGAGGUUUGAACAGAAUAACUAUCAAAAAGAUGCUUUGAGGGACUCUUGUACAUAAAGAGAAAGAGCUUGUCACUUCUCUCCUGUUGUUUUAUGUAAUGCAUACAAGCUGUAAAACAUGAUCAAAUGCAAUAAAUGUACAAGAGUCACUUGGGUUGCCC